AUGGCCGCGCUCGGCCACCCUGCAGCCUUCGGCCGGGUCACCCACGCGGUGGUGCGGAAGCCGCCCGAGUCCCUCGGCCAGCACGCGCUCAGGCGCACCAAGGGCGACGAGGUGGAUUUCGCCCGCGCCGAGCGGCAGCACCAGCUCUACGUGGGCGUGCUGGGCAGUAAGCUGGGGCUGCAGGUGAUGGAGCUGCCGGCCGACGAGAGCCUCCCGGACUGCGUGUUCGUGGAGGACGUGGCCGUGGUGUGCGAGGAGACGGCCCUCAUCACCCGGCCCGGGGCGCCGAGCCGGAGGAAGGAGGUUGACAUGAUGAAAGAAGCCUUAGAAAAACUCCAGCUCAAUAUAGUAGAGAUGAAAGAUGAAAAUGCAACCUUAGAUGGUGGAGAUGUCUUAUUCACAGGCAGAGAAUUUUUUGUGGGCCUAUCCAAAAGGACAAACCAACGAGGUGCUGAAAUCUUGGCUGAUACUUUCAAGGACUAUGCGGUUUCCACAGUCCCGGUAAUUGAUGCUUUGCAUUUGAAGAGUUUCUGCAGCAUGGCUGGGCCUAACCUAAUCGCAAUUGGAUCCAGUGAAUCUGCGCAGAAGGCCCUUAAGAUCAUGCAACAGAUGAGUGACCACCGCUAUGACAAACUCACCGUGCCUGAUGACAUGGCCGCAAACUGUUUAUAUCUAAAUAUCCCCAGCAAAGGCCAUGUCUUGCUGCACCGAACCCCAGAAGAGUAUCCAGAAAGUGCAAAGGUGUAUGAAAAGCUGAAGGACCAUAUGCUCAUCCCUGUGAGCCAUUCUGAAUUGGAAAAGGUGGACGGGCUGCUCACGUGCUGCUCCAUUUUAAUUAACAAGAAGGUGGGCUCCUGAGUUGCAGUCCCUCCCUCGGAGCUGGCAAUACUGCACUCACGAGGCCCAUAACUCUCCCCAUUCCCGUUGUUUUCAUUGACAAUCUACUGUGCCACUGUGCUACUAACUGGUUUACAAAAGUUUAAUUCUAAGUUUAAUCACUUCAUUCUGCACACUCCCCUUGAGGUGGUACCUAAGUUAUGGAUUUGCUAAAUGAAUUAAGCAAUCUAGAAAAUAUAGAGCUAAUGAAUUGCUGAAAUGUGAUUAAUAAUAGUAAGGAAACACUCAUGUUUGUCUUAUCAGUGUAAAGAUUGUUUAUUUGCCAGUAUGUUCUGAGAAGUGACUUCUUGAUCAGUCAGAUAAGCUGCAUUUUUUUUCUAUCAUUAAUCAUCUUGGUUCCUAUGAAAUUCCCCAAUCAUGGAUCCUAUUUUAUUCCCUCUUUUUUUUUCCUUUUGAACCCUGGGAAGCUUUCCCCCAGUAACUUUCUUUGUCUUUUCCACCUCUGUACAGUCACCUUACAUAAGAUCUGGAGUCUUGCCCCCCAGGACACCUUCCUGCGUGCCCAGCCUGUCAGCCAUGGUCUCCUCUGUCUUCAGGCUUUGUCUUACCAAGCCCACUCUUCCUAAGAGAGCCAAACGGGCCCCUCAGCAGAACCAGAACUAAAAUCAGAGCAGCUGUUUGGGGAGAGUUACACACACAGAGGCAUAUCCUGAUAGGGUUUGCCCCAGAUAUCUAAAUUCCAGAAGUAUAUCACCACACCUAGGAAGGUAAAAUUGGCAAGAGGUGGUUGCUAGGGGACUAUGGAUCAAGAAGCUUAGAAACAGCCCAUGGGUACAACUUCUUAGAAAGUCUUCAAGUCACAUUCCAUGAAUUUUUGCUUCAUUACUGGUCAUAUACAGAACUUGGAAAACAGCCUUAUUUGUUCCUUCAGCUUCAUUUCUUAAAAAAAAAAAAAAGACAUCACAUCUAAAAUUGAUGAUUGAUGAUGGUCUGGUGCCAGCCAGAUGGAGCAUAGUCCAGAAAUGAUCAGUUCAGUGAUGGAAACUAAUCAUAGACAAUGGUUUGAAAUAUCCAUGAAUACUUUCUAUGGAAUUCAAUGAAAAUAUCUAGUCUUCAUAUUACACAAACUUAAACUGACACUUGUCCCUUACAAAGAACAAUGCAGCAAGGAAGGGAAAAGCCAUUGUCUUUUACUUACACUUGAAAGAAUCAGCCUCUCCACAGAGAAAUGGCAUUUUCCAAGGAAUGAUGACUGAUCUAUGCAUGUUAUCAAACUUCCUAGUCAUUCCACCAUUCCUGGAUUGCCUGUGGCUUGUUUAAGAUUGAGAAUCAGGAUUAAGAAAUAGUACUUCAAGUCUUGCUCUGCCAACCCGUGUGUUUCUGAGCUAGCAUUCAUGUUUGGUGACCAAGAGAGAAUUACCUUCAUUCACUUCCUCUCCCUCUCAGCAAUUGGAGGUGACAAGCCUCUGAGAAAACCAAGACAUAAUUAACCACUAUCUGUCUUUUUCAUUCAUUUAAUGACUUUUGCCAGAAUUGGAAGAAAUUCCUUCUCUUCCUUUUCCUCUUUGUUGCUUCAUUUUGAAAGACAUGUCAUGUGCAAAUAUCUAAUUAUUUACAUCCUAUGAGUGACCCAUAUCUUGGUCACUGUUAGAUUUUGCACUGCCCUAUCAUGAUGAGUAAUAUGUUUUCAACAAUGAAAGAAUGUUACCCACAUGCCUAAGUUAAUGAAGAAAAAUUGUCCCUGAGUGGUUGUAGUUGCCUUUUGUGUUCUGGCACUAUGCUGGAAAAAGCAGAAAUUCUCCCUCUGAGAGUUUAACAUUUCAAAAAAAGAAAAAGAAAACUAACAGAAUUAGCCAGUUUAGGUUUAAUAGUAAAGCCAAUUGGCAUAUAAUUUUCAAUAUCUUUAGUUCUGUCAUCCUAAAUUAACUGUUUUUCAUUAUGUUUAGUUAAUUACAAGUGAAUUGAUUUUUCUUUUGUACAAUUUGGGCUACAGAAGACUGCUUUUCACUUUUUUCUUUCCUUUGCUCUUUUCCCUCUUUGUCUCAAGAAAUCACGUCAUUUAUAUGUGUCUCUUCUACAGUAACUGCUUUGUCACCUACUAUGCUGGCUUCUUUGGACUCCCUGUGAUAAUGAUGAUGUGGAAGUCUAAAUAUUCACAGCAUAGUAGUAUUACUUCUUUGAUGUUCUCAUCAACAUAAUGUCAUCUUUGAAGAAGAAAGAUAAUCCAUUAUUUAGGCCCCGUCCUUGUCUCGUGAUUUAUAAGGAUAGAUAAACUAACAGAAGCUGCUUUAUGAAGUUAUAAAGACAUUAGGAAUUGUAUUUAAGUAAGUAAAAGUUAAGUCAGAAUUAGUUGGUCAGUAGGAAUCAAUUGAAUAAGAACAAUAUAGAGAAGAUACAUUAUUUAACAUUAUUUCUCAAACUAUGGUGGAUUGCUAUAGAAAUCAGCAGGCAGAUAUCUCUGUGUAUUGACUGCUCUUUUAAGCCACUGUGAACAGGUUUCUAUGGCUGUCUCUUUAUCUCUAAGGGAAAAUAGUCUAUAGAUGAAUAAUGUGACUUAUAUAGAGUUGCAUGUUAGUCUUUGUAAUUUUUCACUCUAUAACAUUCUACAGAACAGACAUGAUUCCAACAUGCCGUGAGAGUUGUACAUUUUGCAUCUUGUUGCAGCCAGUGUGUGGUUAUCCACUCUGUGUGCCAAAACCAGUAAUGCCUUUGAUGGCUCUUUAGUCCAGAGAAGUUCUGCACUGAUUUUAGUCUCUUGCUGUCCCAAUCCUACAAGUAUACCAAUCACGAUGGAAUAAAGUGUGAGUUGUACUGUGAUCAAUAGUGUAUGCCUCAUUCUUGCUGUAGUGAGCCAAGUCACCCUUUCCUUGCUGUCAGUGAUGGGACAAUGUCUCCCUUGUCCUACUAGCUACGGAAUUAGAAAAACUGCACUUGCAAUAUAUGGCCUUACGUGCCUAUUGAGCCCUUGAAAUGUGGCUACUGUGUCUGAGGAACUGUUUACUUUCAAUUCAAUAAAAUUUAAAGGGCCAUCUGUGAAUAGUGGCUGCCAGAUGAGAGCACGGCUCUAUACAAAGUUUUGGUAAGGAAUGGAGACUUCCCAGAUUGCAUACUGUCCUUUCAAUCAAACAUUUAACAAACAAAAAUGUAUUGACUAUGUAACAGGAAAGUUUUCAAGAGCUUAUAAUCAAGAGAGGUA